AUGGGCCUCUUCGACAAGAUCCGCCGAAGCUCCAGGCGCAGUGCGGGGGUCGCGACCGAGCCUCCAUCGCCCCCGCGCGUACCAGGCCGAGACUGCACCAAACGCUUACCCCGGACGGUGCUGGCGCGCAUUUUUGCCUUUGUUUGUCCUCACACGGUCGAUAAUACAUAUGACACUUCCGAGGAAUCAACAAGCGAUGGCUGCAUGCUAUGCGACAUGCGCGACCUGGCGCACUGCGCGCUCGUGUGCAAGCGGUGGUUUUUGGAUGCGCGGGCACUACUCUAUACAAACGUCCGCAUCGAUCCUGUCCAUUACUGCGAAUUAGAAAUCGAAUUAGCCGCCAAGCGAAAACGCCGCUCCGUCUUCGAUCGCAAUGGUGUUCCCAUUGAUGCGCCCCAGGUUCGGCUGGAACUUUUUAUGCGCGUCGUGCGAGAGUCGCAGGGACUGGGCAAUAUGGUUCUGUCGCUCAGAAUGCCUUACAUGACCCGCGAAGCCAACAAAGCCACUAUUGCCCGCACUAUCUCCGUCUUGCCUAAUCUCCGCUUUGUUGAUCUCCCAGUGGGUUUGUUCAGCGACGAGUUAUCGUGUAUACCAUUGAAGCAGGAGUUGAUGGCCCGGUGUCCCGAAAUCCGUCGCAUGAGCUACCGCCAGGGUGCCGAGCGUGGUUUCUCGCAGCUGCAGGGAUCCGGGCUAUGGAUGCAUUUGGAGGUGCUCGAGCUAUCCGGGAUCAAGCUGGAGGCUAGUAUUCUACGCAGCGGGCUAGCUGCAUUCCCGGAACUUCGUGAGCUCAGGCUUGAAAAGCUCAGUUGGCUUCUUGACUCUGCCUUCGCGGUGAACGUGCCUCUCCCGCCAUUCCCCGCAGUCCAAUCUCUUACACUCCGCGAUACACCCAACGUCACGGCAAGCGGGCUUGCCGCGAUCCUGUCCACCCCGGCGAACAAAGCGGCCCUGGAAUCUUUGACAUUGUCAUCCACUGGGGUUAUUCCGUCGCAUCUCCAUAAAAUCCUCGCCGCAGCCCCACGACUCCAGAAUCUUUCCAUCAUUCAGGAAGUUUCCUCCUCGUUCCCUAUGGAGCAAAUCCCCCUAAUGGCAUCAAAAUCAUUGCAUCUUUUGCACUUUGAACUCACUUCUCAAACCGAUAAUCAUGGGAUGCCACCGGUGGCAUCCUCAUACUAUACGUAUCUCAUCUCGUCACUAAUGGCUCGAGCUUUACCAGCUCUUCGAAACUUAUAUGUUCGGGAUUCCGAGUUCCCCGACACACUCUUGCUAAUGCCCCCGCCACGACUAUUCGGUGGCGGUGAAAGUGGACCCCGAACGCAGGGCGGACUCUCACAGCCGCUGAACGUGUACAGCAAGGGCCUGGACGAACUGGAGUGGAACUUCACACCGUACGAUCCGAGUCCGGCGGCCAGCCGCCGCGAUUCAAGAACUCGCCCCGUGAGCUUCCACGAGGCCCAGCUCAGCAGGUCCUGGGGUGGCGAAGCGCGGAAGAGCGUCCUGGUCGGUAAUGGGUUUGGUGGCUUCUUGGCUGUUCCGGCUGAGGGUGACCGGCCUCAGAGUGGUCAUGGGAAUCAGAAUCGAUUGAGUAAACAGGAUCUGUGGCGUUGA